UUAAAGAGAAAAAAAUAUAGCAGUUUUCCUAAUUAUUUGAAUUUCUGAGUAUUAGUAUCUGGUUGACAUAGCCGUUUUCUAUCGUAAGGCCAGCACUCAAUGAACUAUGGUAUGUUCCCUCCCUUAGACAGCGCAAGGCUGAGAGCCCCAGUGUAAGAGGGAAAGCAUUAAUUAUGUUGUAAUCACUUUAAAAAAUCUCACUCAGUAUUUAUUCAUUGAAGAUUAUGUCAGAUGAUAAAAUUGAAGUAUAAAGUGAUGUUUAAUUGUUCUUGUACACUAAUCUAGUAAUUACUACCUCUGUAUGCAAGCCCAUAGGUCUUGCCAUCAAUUUCAUGUAGAUUAUAGCCUAAAGCCUAUAAGACAGAAUUUUUAUUAAUACGUGCUAUUUGUCAACCGUAUAGCCAAUGGUACAGCGUUAUAGUCUUGGAGUGAAAAUCAACGUUGGGAUAUAGGUCCACUCACCUGAAGAGCCCUGGAGGACGAACCGUGCAUCCUGGAUUUCAAUGCCAGCCACCUCCCAUCUCUGACUAAACGGUUGUGACAUAAAAGAAAUAUAGAGGGAACACGAACAGAAUGCACAAACAUCACAAAAUACUGAUCAAUUUAAGUCCUAAACAUCAGUAUGACGAUCCAAACAACCAAUAUAAAUGAAUGAUAAGGGUAAUCAUAUUAUUCGUAAUCUGUUUAAAGUUAGUGAAUAUUAUACAAACUUCGCUUAUCCAUAAACAGUAAAGUAUACAUUUCCUGACUGCAGCAAGAUAAUGACAUGACACCAAAUGUUUUCUGGUCCAGGUAAUGGACAAUUUUAUUGUUUCAUUACUCCUUGAGUUAUAAUCUUCCUGCUUAUAUCUUUGAAACAGGUUAAGAUAUUUUUCAAUACAGCAUCACGAAUGUUACAUAUAAUGUAAAUUAGACCGUAUAAACCCUCGAUAAUAUUUUUAGAAGUCGUUUUACGAUUUGUAUUAUUUCACCCCACACAAAUAAACUCUGUGUUCCUAUAAAUAUAGGUUCCAAAUCUGUCUGCUCAGCUCCUGUAGAAGAAAAGAGUGAUAAUAACGAAAGAAAGAAUUCCAUGAUAACAAAUUGUGUCAGUAAAAAGUCCGUAAAAUUUCCUGGAGAAUGUAAUCUUGUCACAUGUGUGAUAGACCCAGUUGAUCCGUGGUUGAACAGACAGUGCUUAUCACCCGCUGAGUUAAUCAGUAUUUAUAAACUUCAAUGUAAUCUCUCUUCGAUCCAACCUUUGUAUAGUGUCAUUUCGCAGUUACAAUCUAUAGAUUUGAGACAGUCCCCAGAACGGAAGCACGUUUUUAGUCUUAAGGGUUGCCAACUCAACGGUGGACACAUUGAAAUGUUAGAAUAUGUUUUCAAAUACGUCCAAUUUCAAUACUUAAAUUUGGAAAACACCAAUCUUGACGACAAGUCUGUUGAAUCGUUAUAUGAAAUUUUGAGUUAUUAUGAAACAUGUACAGGAUUGUGUUUGGCUCGUAACCCUAAUGUUACGUCUACCGGCUGGAUUCCUGUCGCUUUUCUAUUUCGAGAAGUGCCGUAUAUGGAAUGGCUUGAUUUAAGAGAGAACAACUUGGGUUUAACUUUUGUACAAAUAUUAUCAUCAUCUCUUCGUAUACCACGAAAAGAAGUUAAAACGAAACAGUUUAAAAAGGAAAGUUUUGAUAAUAAUUGUAAUCUCCUCUCCAAGAAAUUAUCUGAUAAGGAUAUUUUCAAGAUUUCUAAAGAUGUAUCGAUUUCAGAAUCGAAUUUAAGAUCAUCAAAAACACUUCCUUUUCAUUCACGUGGGUUACAUUUGGGUUGUACAGGCAUUAAUGGGAAAUUAUUACAUACACUGAUUCCGGGAUUUCGUUUGGGUUGUAUUACUGAUCUUCGAUUACCCAACAAUGGAAUAACUGGAUCUGAUGCUAAAUUUUUAGUGCCAUUGUUACGUUAUAGUUCACAUCUGAAACAUUUAGAUCUGAGUAGAAAUCUACUUGGGGACUUGGGUUGUUCAACUAUAUCACAGGCAUUAGCUUCACCUUGUUUUUCAUCCGAAAUUCUCAAUUCAGAUGAAAAUCAACGCGGUUUAAUCCGAUUGUUUCUAUCAGAAAAUAUGAUAACCAGAUCAAGUAUGAGUAAAUUGGCAAGUGGCCUAACACGCUGCACACGUUUAACAACGUUACAGUUAUCUGGCAAUUUAAAUAUUGGCUCUUCCGGUUUAUUUUAUUUGAAAUCAAGUCUUAUCAGUUGUCCAUGUUUAAAGCGUUUGGGUAUUGCAUUUUGUGGUAUUGAUCAUGAUGGUGCAGCAAGUAUUAAGGAGAUAUUAAUGGAAACAACAUUCCGUUUCAAAAUAAUAGAUUUGACAGGAAAUCCGAUUGGCCUAGAAAAUUGUUUAGCCCUCCUAAACUCUUCAGCUUAUUUGGAUGGAAAAGUUAGAAUAAUUGGUUUAGAGUUUCAACCUUCAUCGUUAAUGCAAUAUGCGAGACAGUUGUCGGAUAAAGAAAAUAAUAGUUUUUUACAUCAGAGUAAUGAUAAUUCGCAUGUUCAAAAUAAUUUACUAAAUCCAGAUCGAGAUUAUCAACGACUUAAAAAUAAGAAUCGAAGACAUUCUCACAUAAUUUCAUCGAAACAUUCAAGUUAUGGGAAAACUAAAUUCUCCUCAAUAACUACAAUCGACUACCAUCAUAAAUCACAUUCAGGACUCAAUCCGCAAUAUUUGUGGGGUGACAGUUCAGAUGAUGACAAUAGAAUGAAUAAUACUGAUGAUGACAAUGUAUCGGUGGUUGCAAAAAGAAACAGAAAUUACCUUUCAGAACAAAUUAAUAGACAAACUAGAGAAAAUGAAUGGACAAAACAUUAUUCUAUCAGUUGAACUGCAUAAGCAAUUCCAUGAGAUUCAAAUAUUUUGUGGAAUAAUUCCUCUCCCUAUCUUAAGUCUUGACUAAAUUGUGUUGAAUUUAUACAAAUGUAUCAUAUAAACUUGAAUAAGGCAAAUUGCAAAGCUCUUACUGUGUACUUGCAUCACUUAUGUAAAUUCAUCAGAUUUCUGUCAACAAUCUUUUCAUAUGAAUAUAUGUAUUUUUCCACAA